CUUCGGGACAUUACUCCACACAGCACGCUUGACGUAGCUCUUUCCAAGUUUUGUAGGACGACCAGCAAGAUCGCGUCAGGCAUCAUGCAGGUACAAACAGUAUAGAUCUUCAAUACAAAGGUAAGCUAGUUUGUGCUACUCACAAACAAACACCACAGAUCUGCCCUUUCUCUGGCAGCGGCAUCCCAGUGUGCUCUUACUAUCCGGUAUGGCUAUGUCUACACUAGCUCUGGUCGUGGCCCUCGCGGCGCUGUCCAUGGCCUCGAGCCAACAGCAACCCCUGUACAGCGAGUACAGCUUCAACCCGCUGGAGCACUUGGCUGGUAUCGCACCAUACUUCGAGCCAAAUGAUCCAGCACGAGAGCCCAGUCCACCUCAGGGCUGUGAGGUCGAGAAGGUCGCAUACCUUGUUCGCCAUGCCGCUAUCAAUGCAAACGACUUCGACUACGAAACCUACCUGGAACCUUUCACCGACAAACUCAAGAAUACUACAGUAGACUGGUCGAAGAUUCCCGAACUGUCAUUCCUCUCAACAUGGACCCCACCUAAGCUGGAAGAACAAGAAUUGGUAACAAGGAGCGGGAAGCUGGAGGCUGCUCAGCUCGGUGUUCAAAUGUCCUUCAGAUACCCGAAGUUGAGACUGCCGAAAAGAGUCUGGGCGAGCACUGCUGAGAGGACAGUCAUCAGCGCGAAGGGGUUGAUUCGAGGCCUCGAGACAGAUGAGAAUCAGAUCAACUUGGUGCAGAUCUACGAGGGCAAGGAGUCUGGCGCCGACAGCUUGACACCAUACAAAGCAUGCCCCGCCUACUCUUCUUCGCGCGGUUCUGAGCAAAGUCAGACCUAUGCGAAAAAGUACACCGCGCCCAUCCUGGCAAGGCUGAAGACCUACGCGCCAAACUUCAAUUGGACGGUCAACGAUGUCAUCGGCAUGCAAGAAUGGUGUGGCUACGACACCGUCGUGCGUGGCUGCUCGCCUUUCUGCUCGACAACGCUGUUCCGCCCCGAUGAAUGGCUGCAAUUCGAGUACACUCAAGAUCUCAUGUAUCACCACAACACCGGCUAUGGCAACCCAAUAUCUGGUUCUCUUGGAUAUGGCUGGGUUAAUGCUACGCAACAACUUCUUUCAUCCGACGACGACGAUGACCAGGAUAUCUAUGUCUCAUUCACUCAUCGUGAGCUGCCACCGACUGUGUUGGUUACACUGGGAUUGUUCAACAACUCCGAUUCGACUGGGGCAAACGACAUCAAUGCUACCAUGCCACUGGACAAGGUCAACUAUCACCGCCAGUGGGUUAGCUCAUACAUCCUUCCGUUCUUGACCAACAUCGCAGUCGAGAAGAUGAACUGCACGGGCUCGUACGGCUACCAAAACCAGACUGACCCUACGUACUAUCGCGUUCUGGUCAACCGCAGCCCACAGACCAUCCCUGACUGUCACGAUGGGCCCCAGGAAUCUUGUUCUGCUGCAGGAUUCAAGAGCUUCGUGGAGGAAAGAGGGCAGAUGUUUGGCGAUUUCGCUGGCGCUUGCGGCGUGGAGUACGACAACUCCACGAGCGUAAUGAGCUUCUACUCGUCGCCAAACAAUGGCACGAUUGUUGGCAAGAAGCAUUGAUAGACUAGCACGAAUGUAAUGUGUAAUGAUGAAUGACAUGCGAUGUGACAG